AUAACAUGCUGAUUUAUCUCGAUGACCUGAGUGUAUUAUUUGUUUGGGAAAUUGCGUCAAAACUUUUUACCCAAGAAAUGGUAAGUAUUAAUUUAUUGUUCGAUUGUAAUAUUAUAAAAGAUUUUAUGCAAUUUUAUGCAGAUAUUUCACAUAUUUAAAAGGUGCCCAGGUGUUAGGUAGUUUUGGUGGAUGUCAGGAGUGAACACCACCAAAACACUGACCAAAACCAUCAAUAUAGUUUUUUAAUUUUAUCUUUAGCCAUUGUUAGAUCUUCAGGGAGGUAAAAGAUUUAUAGGCAAAGUUUCCGCACAGCCCCAUACUUCAUUAUGCAUACAGUCCUUUGUUAGAAGAAAACAAUAGCGCAAACAAUAGAUGUAAGAGGUAUACUUCGUUUGAUUCCCCACCGUGUAUUUUCAAUGCGCUGAGUAUGAGCGCCUUUGUCUGGGUCUCUGAAGUUUAGGCUGUGGUUCACUGUGAGAUAAUUGUAGCCCUCGUCCUGUAGGCAAUCAUAAGCUUAACACAUGUCGCUCAUCACGGAUAUUCCCGGCAAUAUUUGAGCGCGUAUAAUGGGUAUGAGCGUAUCUUUAUCCCUGCGCUCUACCGGUACAAGGAUGCAGGCCUUGGUUUCACGGCAAAUGCCAUCAAAGACCCACUUUCCUUCGACGUAGCGACCGCGGUGACACAUCUCAUUUCUUCGUGCAAAAUCCAACAUGUUUUAAAGGUGAGGAAAUGAUUUCAGUGUUAAUUUUUGGAAUUUGAAUAAGGUAUUAGAAAUAUAAUUUUGAAAGUUACCCUCUAUCGGCAAGAAGCACAUGUAGAACAAUGGUAUAGAAGAUAGACUGCUAGUCUGACGAAGACGAUAGAGAAUUGAGAGUUCGAACCCUGCAGGUAACGUAAAAAAAAAAGUAAAAAUAGACUGAGAGGGGCCUUGAAGGAAGGAUGCCCGCCAGAGAAAUGGGGAAGAGAAAGAGGGGAAAAUGGAGAGAGAGAGAGAGAGAGAGAGGGAAAAACAGCGCGGAAAGAAACGCUGUGAAAAAAAUCCUCUUUUAUUAGUGCGGUAAGUAAUAAUUAGGGAUGUAUAUAUUCAAUUACUAAGGGAAUUGUCUAUUGUAUUCAAAGACAAAGAGUAGAAUGCAUAAUUAAUAAGAUGUGCAUGCAUGAUGAAGUAUGGGGCUGUGCGGAAAUUUUUCCGAUUUAUAUUCCACAAAGCAGUAGCAGUUAGAGUUCUGGCUAAUUAUUUUUUAUAGUGCACAAUUUGCUGACCGACCAAACGUUCAUAAUGAAAUCAUAACUCAUAACACAUAAUAUAAAGUGGUUUUGCUGGAUGUUUCUCUCCAACCACCAGAACCACCAUGGCAAUUUCUGCUACUUCCUUUACAGAAUACUGAUGUGACCUGCCAUUUGAAUUACAUAACCACAAUCUAUUUCUUUGUAUGUAGAGAUAUUUUGCAGAGUUCUUAAGUCAGCACCUUCUAUUAUUGAAACCAUAAUCAUAACAUGGUGUACAAUAUAGAAUACAAAAGGUUCUGGUGUGGUGAUCAUGUACUCUUGAAACAGGAUAAGAGAGAGUUUUUAACCAACUUAAACAGAUAUUUGCAACAAAAUUCUAGAUCCAGAAAUUUCUUCCACUACUUCCACCAAAUUCAUAACCUUUAAGUACUACAAAUCAGCACAUCAGUAAUUGUUAUCAGGGGUCUGAAAAUCUUAUAAAUCUUUCACAUUUAUUUCAAGUAACCUUAAGUUUCACAUGGAUGAGAAAGUAUACACUCAAGAUGCAGAAUGUCUUACAUUUUACAAAUUAUUUCCCCUUUUAUGGAUAAACAGGAAAGGCCUUCGCCAUGUUGGUGAAUCAAACCAUUGUAUACCAUGUAUUUUGUGAUAAUUGACCACAGCAGAGAAUAGUUGUUACUAAAUGUUUGUUUGUUUGUUUUUUUUGCACACAAUGUCUAAAACAAUGGAGGGGAUACAUUUGAAUAGCAAAUUCUAUUAAUGAUUAAAAUUAAAUAACAUUGGAAGAUCAAAUUAACUUUUUACUGUUUAAAAUACAGUUUUGGUUUCUUGCUUAUUCCAGCCUCUUAAUAUUCAAAAACAUUCCUUAUCAUUUUUGUGUUCUUUUGUGUAAAAUAACUUGAUAAACACAGAGAAAGGAAACCACAAAGGAUUAAACUUGAAGCUAAAGCAAAGUUUAAUUUGAGCCAUAGCUGAUACAAAUACUGAGCACUUUAUAUUGUAACCCAUUAAGCAGUAAAGUUCAUCUAUAUGUCUACAAGCUUGUCACAAGUCUUACCCCUCUCCUCUAAAAGUCUCUAUAAACAAAUUUUUCUUUGUGGUCCCUAAUUGAUGAUAAGUAUAUUACAGCUCCUUAAUUUCCCUCUCUCAAGACAAGGUAACUCUAAAUUUAACAAAGUAAUGGACUUGAUAAAACUUGAACCAAAACUCAGCUGGCUGCUACUUGAAACCUUAAUUUCUUGAUAUCAGUAUACAAUAAUCAAUACGUUAUAAAUACGAACCCUAAUGCUUAAUUUUGCAGUGAUCACCUUCCUCCUUUUCAUUUGCAGACCAUACUGAAACCUCCAUAGGUGUGUUUGCUUGUUUUAAGUGGGGAUGGAAGAAAAAGGAAUCAUACCACAUAUCUG